UCCUAAAUUCCCCGUGAUUUGUAUUUCUUUCGUUUAAGCAGAAACUUAAGUGAUUGUUUGUCUUAUGUGUUACCAAACGUUAUAAGGAUAGAGUAUUUCAAGUUCGGUGGUGACAUAUUAUUCAGAGAAAUAUUGAUAUUAUUAUGAAGAUCUAUACAAGUUGACUUGCUAUCAUAGAAAGUGAAAUGUCAAGAUUGACCAUGGAAAAUCCUGUGUUUCAUCAAACUGUUCCUUUACGGCCAAUUCCUGUAUAUGGCAUUCGAAACCAUCCUCGACCAAGCUGCGGCGGUCUAAAUCUCGGCGCAAAACCUGGAGCAGAUCGUGCCAUGCUGGCUAAACAGUUUAAUAUAAUACCUCACAUGCGUCCGUACUAUCCGCUGGGCGAUUAUCGUAUUAACCAAAUACCAACCCUCGGGAACCCUUCAGCUUCUCAGAUUCUGAAUGAUGUAAACAAAUUCAGCGUUAAAACUCACUCCUUAUUUGACAGAACGAGUCGCCAGCACGCUAUUGCGCAGGACAAGGUGCAAACUCCGGAGCAACCAAAAUUACUGGAGAUAAACGGCGCUUGUACGGGACGCGGGGGAAUGAUAUCGAAACCCACGCCGGCUUCUGAAGCCAGCAGAUCGCCAAUGGAGGGAACAGUUCCUGUGAUAAUUCACUGCGGAAAUCCGUUUCCAUCGCAGUACGGCUUCGGGCGGAAGGUAUUCCCAUGUCCCCAAUGCCGGUACACAACCGACAGGAGAAACAAUUUGAAGAGACAUAUGCUAACUAUGCAUCAAACGUGCUCUAAAACUCUUGAGUGUUGUGGAUUAAUGUUUGCAACUAAAGCUUCUCUUCGUGAGCACGCGAUGAUAUUCCAUUACCACGGAUACACUUGUUUUUACUGUGGACGACGUUUUUGCCGUAAAGCGUUACUGAAACGGCAUUUGUCUGUGCAUAAUGGACAAAAAGACUUUGUUUGCCCAGUCUGUGAUUACGCAACCAGCCACAAGAGUAAUUUAGAACGUCACAGAAAAGUACAUUGCAGACCCGAGGGGGAAGACAAGUCUGAUUCAAACAGCGGAAAUGACGUCACGAAAUGGGAGAAUGAUUGCGAUGUCACUGAUGACGUACACAACGCUAUUGAUAUGAGUUCAGAUGACGAUGAGGAAAUUAUUGUAGAUUCUGACUAGAAGUUCGAACUUAAAAAAAAUGUUUUAAAAACAAAAACAGUUUAAACUAAUUCGUUUUACUCAUUUUAUUGUUAGAUGUUAUAUUUUCUUUACAUACUUAUCUUGUUAUAUUUUACAGUAUAUUUAUUGUUACUUUGCUGUGACAUAAUUAUAAACAAUAAAUGUUAUGGUGGAAGCUUAUGUUUAUAGAUUCUUAUAUUAUCGAACACUUAUUUGGUUAUGAAGACAUUCUCUUUCGCACUAGUUAUUGCAAUCUUUCUAAAAGUGUUUUCUUGCAUUGGCCUUACAGACUCGUUAAAAGUUCCAUGAUCCCAAAAUUAAACAAAAAAAUGUUUGGCCUGACCCAACCCACAUUUAGAUGUGUUAAGUAGAGUGGGGUUUAUUUGUUGGUGUAUUUUACCCCUUUACCCCUUUAACCCUUAAAGGGUCUUACUCGUGUUUUUUGUAAAAUGCACGUUAUUGUAUGAUGAAAUAAAGUAUGGCAAAUCA